AUGGCAUUACUACGACACAAGCAGAUUUCCAUUUUAUUUAUUAUUGUAUUAUUAUUCAUCGCAAAUGUUGCAAAUGUAAACGCUCAAGCAUCAGGAAAUGUAGGACCACCAUCACAACCUACAGAUUCGCCACAACCACAACCACAAUCAGAACCUCCAAGUCAACCCACAACACCACCACAACAACCUUCAGCAUCUCCCAAGCAGGCACCAAGUUCGCCAGCUCAACAACAAAAAUCCAAAGUAAUUAUCACCGCAACUAAUAAUGUGCCUGCUGCUAUCACUAUUACAUCAACAUCAAUCAUAGAUACCCCAACUUCUAAAACGAAUGUUAAUAGUGCAAAUAGCAAUGAUAGUUCUGGUUCUACCGGUAGUAUUAUCACGGCUGCUAUCGUUGUUGAAAAGAUUCAACCUGUUGAUUUUGGGCCACGUUCAGCAGAAUCAGAUGAAAUAUUUUUACGUGGAUUACAUGAACCUUAA